AUGUGGAGAAGCGGGAAGUGUCCCAGGGGGAGGAGUGAGGUUUCAGGAGCUACUGGAGGAAAGAGGAGCUCGGGUCUGUUCCGUCCUCAGGAAGAGGAACUGCAGGUCUUGGGAGCCGGUCACCAGGGUUCAAGCCAGAGACACCUGGGCCACUCUCGGAGCCGGAGACACCAGAACGGGGGAACUUCUAUAAAGAGGAGGGACUCCUGCUACCAGGGACCCCCACCCCGCAGACUACCCCGCAUACCUAAACCGCAUUGUCCCUUACAGCUGGGACCAGGCCUGACAUGGGGUCCUGCUGGGGGCCAUGGCCAAGGCUGCCCCCUUGCCAGUUUGGCCAGCAUGAGGCACCUGCUGAUCCAAGGAAAGGAGGGGUCUGAGCAUAAAGCCGUUCUCCUUUUCCAGGGACUUCAAAACGCUGGGUCCUGGACUGCGAAGCCACAUCCACAUCCACGGGAAGGGGGUCUACCAUGGCAAAGACACCACCUGCCCCUCCCUCUGAGCUUGUCCAUUUACCCCAGGGGUUUCUGUCUCUGCUCAGUGUGGACUUGGGUCUGUCUGCUGGCUGAGGUCAGUGCCAUGGUCUUUCUUCUCUUGUCCGCCCCCUCCAUCUCCUGUGCACAGCACAUGCCUGGCAUCUAGUGGCAGCACAAUAAACAGAUGAAUACUU